AUCACCCACGACAUGUGUUCUGUCAGCGGUGAGAAGUCAGAGCUUCUCAUCUCUGACCAUUUUGAAGUAUAGGGAUCCAGAGCGGUAUCGUUUCAAAGGGCGUAGGAUGCUUUGUAUGCAUUGGGACAUACCGGAGCACAUGCCACGUUCCCUGAGUCAAGCCAGUUAACCGAGAGUUGGAGUCAGUACGAGUCUGCAUCGCCGCAAUGGACUCUGGCGAUCAUUUGUUCACACUGCGAAUAUACGUCCCCUUCUUCUUUCUUUCCGCCUCCGUACCAUCAUCCUCAGGGUUUCUACGGCUGGCUGAUAUCAGCGCCUUCCCGACUGGCUUCUCUGGAUGUGGUAACCUCGCCUUAGGCGGUCCUUUUUGUUAUAGUUAUCCCGUGGAAAACAGUUGAACGAUGCAGUGCCCUGGGAACAAUCGACUGAAUUGUUCUAUGACCGAUUUAGUAGCUAGAGCUCACUUGCGGCAUCCCCGAGGCGUGUCGGCACUGCACAGAAGAGUUGCUUCGUAUCAGGUACCGCAGAAUUUAAAUCUUCGCCGUGCUUUCCCAAGUACAACUUUUCGUCGUACUUUUGUCCUCUCCCUCAAUGGCUACUAGCAUUUUCGCCAGUGAAUUUAUCGCCUUCUUCAACCAACUUGAAAUAGCCGUGACCCAUGGAGACCAAUGCAUCUCCCUGGUCGUCCGCGAAGACAACGGAGAGACUUACGUCUACACGCAAAGUGAUCAGCUAUAUCCUGCCAACCUGAAGUCUUACGAUGGUAAAGUUGCCUGUACUAUUCGAACAUGUGCGUCAAUACGCCACACUACGAGCGGAGAUUCUGUGCCCAAACGAGUAUCCUUGAGAAACAAUUCUGAGGUCCUCCUCCUUCAACACUCCGAUGAGAUACCUCAGGGGGCAGACCUCCCGCUUAUCGCUCUCUUGGUAGAUGAAGGAUACUUAGUGAUCGCUGGAGAAACGUUGCAACAGCUCAUAGAGACAUAUGACAACAUUGCUUCGCCCCUGCACGAACUCAUACCUACGGACGAUUCCCAUCAAGUUGAUGAUUGGAUGCGGAAGUACAUCAGGGACGAUACAGAUGACGAUGUCGUACCGGGAAACGGACAUUUGUUUGAGUCUGAAGGUGGAAAUCACCACGUCUCCCCUCUAGCGACGCCGACUAUCGACCGAGCUUCCCUACAAGCCGUCAGUAACAAGACCUCUACCGUCGAAGACGAGACCCCUUCAUACCAGACAACAAGUGGACUCUCCAUUCAUAAUUCCGAGUCUCCAAUAAAGCCUUACCGCUUUUCAGAGGAGCAUAGCUGGACAACGCAUGCGGUCUACCCAUCCCAUUAUAUACCCCCAUCUGCAAGCACAAUGGAACCGUCAAGGCAGAUAGAGAAGGUGGCGUUGGAGAUAGAGGAGACGGCAAUGCCGUUUCCUCUAUCUCCCCUGACACCUCUCUUAUCUUCUAGAAGUCCACCGGACCCGCCUUGGUCAACGCCGGAGAUGAUACAUAGCCGAGAUGUCACUGGCCCAUUGGACUCUUCUGAGUCCUCAUACCCCUCCUCUUCAUCCGUCCAAGCCAGUACAUCACACAUAUGGGAGCCCUCGCCUGCUCGAAACACACUGAAGCUUCGACUGUCAGAUCUUUGCCCCGAACCUGACAUAUUUUGCGAAGAGUAUGGGCUUACUUAUCCUUUUGACGACGAUGGAGAAGAUCCCGUGAUUCGUAGAUCACAGCAUGCACCAUCUCCGGAGCGCUUCUCUGGUCCUGCUGUCGGAGAAGCCGCUAUCGAUCCAACGCAUAACGAGGGCUCAUCCGGUGUUGCAGUACCAUCGCCCAACGUGAGUCAGAAGCGGAAGAAACUGAGAGCCAAUACGACACACGACGGUCGUGUUACCAAGUCCAGGAAGAAGAAAGUGAUCAAACGACAUCAGGAGGACACACCUUAUAUCCCUCCUGAAACUCGGAAGCCGUCCGGAAAUGCUUAUCGCAAAGCAUCCCAAUCGUCCCACGCAGUUCGUCAGAAACCUGCUACGCGUUUUCGAGAUGGUCGUAGCGAAGACGAGUUGCCUCGCACUCGUGGUAAGAAGCGGAAGGUGGAAGCGGUGGAUGUUAACAACCACGGGCAGGAGAGCGACGAUGAAUACAUACACGAAUCGGAUGACAAGGAUGAUGAUGAAUACCGUCCACGUCCAAAGCAGAAACGUCGAAGAGUUUCAGCUCAAAAGGAAGGCCCAAAAAUCCGACGUUGGUUGUGUUCAGCCUUCGAGAAGGAGUGCGGAGUCCACUUCACAAGGAUAGCAGACGCAAAACGCCACUUCAGGUCGUCAUGCAAAUUCAAACACGAAGUCACUUUCUCAGAUCUCGAACCCCACAUCGUCGCUAAAGUAAACAUCACAAAUCUGGCUCCCCACAUCGUGAGUGGUGACACGGGCUUCUAUGUUCCUGUAUAUACGAGAGAAGAUGCGCUUGAGAUCCUUGGGCCAGGAAGCCUGUACUUGUGCCAGGCGGAGGGAUGUACCUCUUUUUACAAGAGACAGGACGCGCUGCUUAGACAUCAACAUGAAGAACACAGUAUACCGUAGCAAAGUGACGCAGAAUGUCUGGACGUUGGUGUCACCGUAGUACUUAACCUAUACGCCCCGCUGGGUGAAUUCGUCUUGUUGUUGCUUUGCUAUAGUGUCGCAAGUACUACCUGAGAACUAAUAUAACGCUUGGAACAGUUGAUCAGAUCAUGG